AUGCUAUCGUGCUAUCAUGACCGUGACACGUCUAUUCCUGUUAGUCCCUGGUGUCUUUCAACUAUUUGUGAAUUAAAAACCGGGCGACGUCACAAAUCCUGCAUUAAACAAUAUCCAUAAACUGCGUUUUGUUCACACCUCGCGCUUUUUGCCGUGGUAAAGCUGUCAAUAAAGUUUUGGUCGCGCGAAAGGAAGUUACGUCGAGACGGCAGGUCGGUCGUUCUCGUCACCUGAUUGGUUGUUUCGCAUGUUCUGCUGAAUUGUGAUUGGCUAGCACCUCUUGAGCGAAAAUUAAAUCAGACGUUACAGCCAUUCAGAGAUCGCUGUUGCGCUUGUUUGAGUUUCAUUCCGUUCGUUGGCUAGACGCCGUUUUUAAGAUGGGAGACAUAGCAGAGAUUCAUAUAACACCCGAGACUCCUGGAAGACCUGCUAUCCUGAACCCGUUUGAGAGCCCAAACGACUACCACCAUCUGCAUGAGCCCCUGGUGCCCAGCCCGUCGGUGUUCAAGAGCUCCAAGAGCUCAUCAGCGACACCAGCCAAGUUCAAAUGGUCCAUUGAUGAAAUGGCAAAUUUACUUCCUGUGGAAAUAGACCCAGAGGAUAUUCACCGCCAGGCUGUGUUUCUGAGCCAAGCCAGGGCAGAUGCUGAGAUUGAGGAAAAACGGCAGCAUGCUAUUGAACAGUUUUUCACUAAAGGUGCAAUUGUUCCCUCUCCAUGGGGACCACCAGCAGCUAAACAAUCUGUAAAAAUGCCACAUCAGAAAAGUCCUUUGUCCCCACUGGUAACAGAGGAGCUUCAGUCUUCAAAGAAAAUACAUGCUAUCUGUCAGACGGUCCUCUCUCUACCUGUGGACUUCAAUCUUGAAAAAGUUCUGGGUGAUUACUACAGGACAGAAGAGUUAACCGAGCAGGUGCAGGAGAGCCUCAGCUCCUCUUCAUUGCGGCGGAAACUGUUUCUUGAUGGCCAUGACAGCGGCUCUGAGUCCUCUACCCCUUCCAGCCCAGACAGAUAUUCCCAUAACGUCCCGCCCAGCAGUCGAGAGAUGAUGUCUUCUGUUAUUGUCUCUCCACUUCAGUGUGGCAUUCCAACUGGGACGCCCUUGUCUGGCCAGUUUUCAUCCAGUCCCAUCCAAGGCCAGUGUCGAGCAUACAGUCUGGGCAGUGUCGGAAGUCCCAUGUUUUUAGAGAGAUCGUCGCCUGCUUUCAAGUCUCCUAUUCUGUCGCCCAUCAGACUUCAGCAUUCUGUGACGCCUGUAUCAGGUGAGAGGAAAAGGCUGUCGUUUCUGUCCCCCGAUGGCAUUCCCAUGGGCAGCUCAUACAUGGACCUGAACCGAUGUGGAGAAAGCCCAUUGGUGGAGGGUUGUUCCCCUAUUCGAAGCUGCUCUCUCUUUCAGUCCCAACCCAGAAACAGAGCCUGUAUGUGGGCCUCUCCUACUCAAAUUUCCGUUAUCCUCCACCCAACCCUCCAGGACAAGGAGAACUUCCAUCCCAAUGAACCUUUACCCACCAUGGACCUGGACGCUAACUCAACAGGACCUCAUGCCCAGCGAGAAGGACACCAAUCUGGGGGGAGUGAGUCAGAGGCCUCCGUGGCUGUUUCUGAGCAAAUGGAUCAAGACGAGCAGUUUGUGAAGGACACUGGAGGAAAUAAUGAGACUGACAGAACGGAAAAUGAGGAUGAGGUCAUCAGCAGGAGCAGAGAGGAAUCCUGUGGUUGGGUUCCUGAAGAGGACACUGCAUCACCAGUUAGACUGUCCAGCUCUCGAACAGGCAGUGUGCCUGACGCUGAGAGUACACACAUGUUCGUAUCCCUGCUAGCGGAAGGAAGCAUUACACCAUACGACAUUAGCAUGCAGGUGGAUAGCGGUUAUAACACUCACUCAGUGUGCACUACCAGCUUAAUGGACACCCUCAGUUCAGACAGUUAA